CGCUGGGGCCCCAGCCAGAAGGAUACUGGGCGGAGCCAGGCUAGCUGCUGUGAAGGGUGGCUGACUGCUAGGGGCUGCUCAGUCUGUCCUGCCGGGGAAUGACAGAGACCAACAUGGAGCAGGGGAAGCAUCUGGCUGGCCUCAUCCUGGCUAUCACUCUUCUUCAAGGUACCAUGGUCCAGUCGCAACAAGAACAACAUUUGAUGAAAGUGGAUGACAAUCAAGAAGAUGGUUCAGUACUUCUGAUUUGUGGCUCAAAAAAUGAAGAAGUCACAUGGUUUAAAGAUGGGGUGAACAUAAGUGGAAGAGAAACUACACGGAAUCUGGGAAAUCGUAUGACGGACCCUCAAGGGAUGUACAUGUGUCAAGGAAGAGUGCGAAAUUCAAGUCUCCAAGUGCAUUAUAGAAUGUGUCAGAACUGCAUUGAGCUGAAUGCAGCCACUGUGUUGGGCUUUAUCUUCGCUGAAAUCAUUAGCUUUUUCUUCCUGGCUGUUGGGGUCUACUUCAUUGCUGGACAAGAUGGAGUUCGCCAGUCAAGAGCUUCAGACAAGCAGACUCUGUUGUCCAAUGACCAGCUCUACCAGCCCCUGAAGGAUCGGGAAGAUGACCAUUACAGCCACCUCCAAGGAAACCAGCAGAGGAAGAAGUGAGCUCAAGACUCAGAGCAGUCCAGGUGUUCUCCCUUCUGUCCAGUUCUCAGAAACAAAGCAGUACGUUUUGGAGUGCUCCGAGCCGAGAGACUUUCAGCCCUAAAUCUAGACUCAAGGUCCCCAGAGGUGACAAAUGGAGAAGAAAGUCCAUCAGACCAAAUUUGGGCUUUUCUCAAAAUAAAAUAAAAAUAAUGUAAAAACAUGUGUGGUGUUUCAGGAGCGCCACCUAUUGGGAGGUAAUUUUUCUGUAAAAGAAAAAAGAAAAGGUCAAAUAACCCCCUCUAUUUGAAUAUAACUUUUUGUCUUAAUUUUUAUUUAGUUUUCGUGUAGGUCAUAAUUCACAUGGUUCAAAUAUGCAGUGACAGGUCUCCUUCCAACUCCAUUACCAGCCACCCAUUUGCCCUCUCCAGGGGCAAGCAGCAGACAAGUUUCCCACACACCCUUAUAAGAGAAUAAGGUAUUCUGUAUCCGAGGUAUUCUAGGCAAACAUAAGCAAAUUCUUGAGAACACAUUGUUUUCUCUUCCCCUAUUUUUCACACAAAUGGUAUCAUACUAUACAUCUUUCACUUUUCACCUAAUAAAACCUGAAGAUUAUUUCAUACCAGUAUAUAAAAGAGCUCCUUUUUUCUUUUUUAAUGCAGCAACAUUGUACAGAUACUCUAUAAUUAAUUUAAUAGUCCUCUAUUGAUGGACAUUUACGUUUGUUCCAAUAUUUUGCUCUGACAAUGCUUCAAUGACUAACAUUGUACGUAUAAAUGUCAUUUUUUAAAAUAAUUGUAUUGAGGUAUAAUUUCAAUGCUAUAAAAUUCACUCUUUUUAAGUAAUUUCACCUGUCCUCAGUAGUAUUUAGUAAAUUUACCAAGUUGUACUGCUAUCACCAUAAUCCAGUUUUAGAACAUUUCCAUCACUGUCUUAAUAUCCCUUGAGCUGUUUCCAGUCCCUCCCUGUUCCCACCCGCAGCCCCAGGCAACCAAUAAUCUCUUUUCUGUCUCUUUAGAUUUGCCUUUUCUGGAUAUUUUAUAUAAAUGGAAUCAUACAAUAUCUGCUCUGGACAGCUCAUGCAAAUCUUUGCGUGGACAUAUGUUUUCACACCUCUUGGGUUGAUACCUAGGAGUGAAAAUUGCUGGGUUGUAUGGUAAAUUUAUAUUUAACUUUUCAAGAAACUGCCAAACUUUUCCAAACUGGUCGUUCCAUUUUACAUUCCCACUAGCAAUGGAUGAGGCUUCCAGUUUCUCCACAUCCUUCCCAAUAUUUGCAACUAUCUUUUUUAGUAUAGCCAUUCUAGUGAAGAUAAAAUGGUAUCUUAUUGUGCCUUUAAUUUGCAUUUCCCUAAUGACUAAUGAUAUUGAACAUCUCAUGUGCUUAUUAGUCAUUCUUAUAUCUUUAGCGAAAUGUCUAUUUAAAUCUUUCUUUUUUUAAUUGGGUUGUUUGUCUUCUUACUAUUGAAUUGUAACAGUUCCUACAUAUUUUGAGUAUCAGUCCUUUAUCAGAUACAUGAUUUGCAAAUAUAUCGGCCAGUCUAUGGCUUUUCAUUUUCUUAAUGGUCUUCUGAAGUGCGAAAAUCUUUAAUUUUGAUGAAAUCCAUUUUAUCCUUUUUUUUUUCUUUUAUGGAUUAUGCUUUUGGUGUCAUGUCCAAGAAAUCUUUGCCAAACCCAAGGGCACAAAGAUUUCUCCUCUAUCUCCUUUUUAUAGUUUUCAUAGUUUUAGUUCUAACAAUAAAUGUCAUUUGAACAUGAAGUCUAUUUGUAACAAAUACAAAUAAAUGGAAUUGUAGGGCCAUAAUGUAUUUGCUCUUGUAAUUUUAUUAAAAAUUGCCAAAGUGCACUUCAUACAGGUUGGAACAAUAUAUGCUCCCAAUAACAAUAAAUGAGAGUGUCUCUUA